AUGCUUGUCCUUGUCGGAAGUGGGCGUGCUCUGGGCACGGUUUGGUGGGUGCGGCCGCACACGCAGCUGACAGUUGGGCGGCGCGACACCGCGCUGGUGAUCGACGGCGACCACUCCGUCAGUCGGCGUCACGCCACAGUCACAGUCAUAUCGGCGUCAUCAGAGUCCGUGGAGAUCACCGACGCCGGGUCAAAGUUCGGCGUGCGCAUCAACGACACAGUCAUGGAGCGCAGCAGCUCGUGCAUGGCGCACCCCGGCGACCGCAUCGAGUUUGGCGCGCAGGGGUCUGUCUUCAUCGUGCGCCAGUGCGAUGCAGCCAUGUGUGUGACGAAAAUGCGCGCUGACGCAGCAUCGCAGACGUCCGAGCAGGCGCAAGCCCUAGGCUUCCGGCUGGUUGACGACAUUGCUGAGGCGUCGUUUGUAAUGAUGCCGGCCGUGGCUGCCACACGGACUCUUUUGCGCGCGCUGGCGCUGGGCUGCCACAUCGCUGACCCUGGAUUUUUGAACGACGCUGCGGAUGUUGGCCCGGCAUUCCAUCUUCCCGACGCGACGCCAAACACCAUCGAGCAGUUUGUGGCUGGCCUGCGCUUCCUGCCCGAGCCGACGGCUCCACCGCAAGCUGCCGACAGCCCCGUUGAGCUGGAUGCCAGGACACUGCGCCCGGACGCAGCGCGCCGGUGCCUGUUCUUUGGCCACACAUUUAUCUUUGCCGAUGGUGAGCAGCUCAAGCGCAUGCAGGUGAUGGUGGCCGAUGCUGGCGGCCGCUCCUGCGCGCUGCCGGUUAGUGACAGUUGCAGCGGUGACCAGGUGCGCGCGAUGGCUGACGGGCGCGCCAAAGUGUGUCUGGUGCUUCCGCUUGAGCCUGGCGCUGCUGCCGACAAAAUACGCGACGCCGCGAGAGCUGCUUGUUUGCGUCCGGUCUCCGAGUCGGAGAUCAGUCUUGCGCUAUUGGUGGUUUCAACCGACGAGCACACGAACCCUGCUCUGGUUGGGACUGCCGAUGCCGAGGCCGAUGCCAAAGUUGGAACUGGUAGUAAAGUUGAGGCUGAAAACAAUAUUGAGAUUGCUGCUGCACUUCCCGCUCGUAGCACCCGCCGGAGAGCCGCCCCACGCAUCAGCAACUUCUGGUCGGCGAUGGUUGCAAGCGAUAAUUCUGGUCCUGAGCCUAUGGUCAGAGCUGAGGACGGGAAACUUUCACCGCCACCAGCGGCAAUGCAGCAGACACUGGAGCCAGAGCAUGGGGAUGAACUAGGGCCAGUGCCAGAGUCGGAUCCAGAGGACCACGAGGACCAUGCAGCCAACCAAGGCACAAGAGAUGUUGCGCCGAAAGUCACUGUGUCUCUCCAACUUUAA